GAGCACCAUCGAGGGGUCCAACUGGCUGUCAACUGAGCUCCUACGGCAGUCAUGGCGGCGCCGUUAGCCCACUUCGAUGAGGACUGGCAGGAUUUUAACGAGUUCAAGCCGUCCUCCGCGUCGGCCGACCAGCUCGACCAGCUCAACUCCAAUGUGGGCGAUCCGUCGUCGGGCCUAGACGAUUUCUCCGACCUGGACAACAGCUUCUCCGGGGAGAUCUGCAGCUUCAAGUCGAUGGAGGACCUCGUCCACGACUUCGACGAGAAGCUGACAGUGUGUUUCCGAAACUACAACACCGCGACGGAAAACAUAGCCCCCAUUAAACCUAUCACAGAGGAUAAUUACUUGAAAGACGACGAGGUGUGGAACGCACUGACAGAUAAUUAUGGCAACGUGAUGGCUGUGGACUGGAAAACAUCGCACACUCGCUCCCUACACCUGCCCACCCUCAACAUCACUGAACAUGAGAAGUUGGAUAACCAGUCUCUGGAUCUGUCUGACGAUGAGGAGCUCAGGGAACAGAUGGAUAUGCACUCUAUUAUCGUCUCCUGCAUCAACGAUGAGCCGAUCUUCACAGCCGAACAGGUGAUAGAGGAGAUCGAGGAGAUGAUGCAGGAGUCUCCAGACCCAGAGGACGAUGAGAGUCCCUCGCAGUCCGACUUGUCCAUGCUGUCUCAGGACUUCCACACACUGAAACGCUCCGGCUCCAACACCAGCUACGAGGACCGGCUGCGUCAGCUGUCGGUGUCUGAGCUGACUGAGACUCUGGAAGAAGUGGAGACAGCCAUUCGCCGCUACAGCGAGGAGCUGAUCCAGGCUCUGGCCCUGCGAGACGAACUAGACUAUGAAAAGGAGGUGAAGAACAGUUUCAUCUCGCUGCUGAUCGACGUGCAGAACAGACAGAAGGAACACCGCGAGCUGCUGCGGAAGAAGAAGAAAAUCCGAAGUACGACUACAACCGGGCCCAACGGCCAGAGGAACGCCAGCACGCACAUACCAGGCACGCUUCUCACUCUGGAGGGACUCUCCAAUGUCAUUCAAAAUGGCAUCCGUCAAACUUUUGGCAACACAGGAGGGGACAAACAGUACCUAACCACAGUAAUCCCAUAUGAGAAGAAAUCUGGCUCUCCAGCAGUAGAAGACCUCCAGAUCCUCACAAAGAUUCUCCACGCCAUGAGGGAUGACAGUGAGAAGGUACCUGCGCUGCUAACAGACUACAUUCUCAAAGCUCUGGUAUGAGAGCAGUGGAAACUGAGUGCUUUGUCCCACGUAAAGCCAAAGGCGAGCCUCCUGUUUUCAGAACCAUUCAUCGGACCAUCAGAAGAGGGUUCUGGUAAUCUGGAAAAACCCCCGAAAAAUCUUCCUUCCUCCCUAUUUUUUCAACACAUAGACUUUCUUUUCUUGUGACAUUUUUUUACUCUGCCAUUUGUCGUUCCUAAGAUUUUAACUCUAGAUACUUUGUCUUUAUAGUUCCUUUUAAUAUGUAAUGUUUAAACUUUUUAAUGCCUGAGUGCUACAACCCUGUAUAUCCUGACUGCAUGAUGACUUGUCUAUGAAUGCCAGUAAUCAGUAUUAGUCUGAUCACCUCACUUCCUGAUUAGCUAGUGGCUCUUGAAUCGAGAAGGGUUUGGUGUAUUUUAAUUCUUCAUCAGCAGGCCUGUGCGAGGGCAAUGCAGUCCAAUUUCUCUGUUUUGUAAAUUGAGUGCAUUUGCAUUAGUGUAGUUCCGGCGUGACAGGGAAAACAAAUCCUGGCCCAGUCAUGGUGUCAAGCAUAAAUCCUGUUUUUCCUGUAUGGAAACGUUUGCUUUAAUGGCGCUGAUUGAUUGCAUAUAAUGUCUCUGGGUUGAAAAGUCGGCUUGCUAAGGAUCAAAGAGCAAACCCUUUAAUUUUAAAACCCAAACUCAUAGGUCUUUGCAUGUUGAUUUUGGGUUCACGCUAAAUUUUUGGCUGUUGAACAUGAACUAACAAUGAACUAUUUUGUAUACGAUGAAGAGCAAUUGCACAGUUUUGGGAACUUUUUACUUAUUGAAAAAGGGAAAAAAAAAAGUGAAAUGACUUGAGAAAGUAGCAGCUGGAUGAACAAACAUGGAAAGCAUAUUUUUGGAGAAGGAAUUGUUUUUAGUGAAAUUAGAGACUUGCCAGUAGCCACCUUUUGUGACCACACUGCUACAUCAUUUUGUAAAUGCUGUCCAUUGACUUCUGAGCCCUCAAGUAGUGACCACCACCCCCAACAGCUUUAUCACUUCCCCCAGGAGUCGUCAUUAUAUGAGUCUGAAAAUACCUCGUAUAACAUUUUUGCAUUAGUAGAAAAUGACCAAACUGGUUGUAUCAUUAAGAUAAAUAGUGUAGUUAGCUUUAAUAAAUGUGUAGUUAAGCUUCUGUCGUAAGUUGUGGGUUUAACCCUUUAACUGUUGUGGAAAUGUUGUGGUAGCACUUAAGUCCGUCAGUGAUCUGGUCAUGUAGUAGAAAAUAUGGUUGACGUCAGAGUACGUCUCACUACAGUAGUGUUAGAUGAGGCUUAGAAGCUUUAGCUAGUGGUGCCAAAACACGCCAACAUGAGGAAUUGUUUUCACACAUCCAUCUAUUUACCUUAUUAGUCAUCAUAGGAUUUAACCACCUUAAAGGGGCGCUCCACUGAUUUUACACAUGAUAAUCAUUGUACACAUCAUACUGAGCAAUACUCUGCCUGAGCUUGAGAAAAUGACCCUGAUUAUGUCAACAUGAUGCCACGCAUGUCAAUCUCUUGACUACAAAUUUAUUGCAUGAAGCUUUGAAGAUGUGGGUCUACAAAAAUACAUUAAUGAUUUGCAUUAUGGGAAGUGUAGGAUCCAGUGUUUCUGGAUCUUGCCACACAUACUAGAGAGGAAAAGCCCAAAUCUUGGACUUUCUUGGUAUAUUCACACCAAAUGCGAAGCAAACUGUUUGUGCAUUGGAUUACUUACAAAGCAAGCAAUGCAAAUAUGCAAAUUCAUGCUGGGCAACGUGAAUGAGGCGGAAUUUCUGUAUCUGCAUUAGCGGAAAAUUUUCAGCUUUAGUGAGAAAUUGGUGCAGUGCUGUGUCGCAAAAGCAUAUCAUUGUUAAGAUUGACCCGACAGCACGUUUUCAUCCUUUUCACUAACCGGCAUCAUGAUGUAGUUAUUUCUGUAUCUUUCUGAUCCGUUUAUUGCAUUUAAAUCACAGCAUCUGUUUAUUUUGGAUUAUCACUGCUGUAACAGCGGCAUUCAUCAAAAUACAAUUCCAAAAUGUACUGAGCUGUGUGCAGUCAAUUUUGACCACUCCUUUUUUGUAACAUUUCCCUUCCAAAUCUCCUAUAAACAUGUUAGUGCAAUACUUAAUCACUGGAGCGCCCGUUUAAAACUUCCUAGCACCAAUCCAGCACUGCAUGUCUGUUGGUACACUAACUAACGUUCAGAUCACCAGCUACUACAGGUGCACCACACACUGUCAGAUCAGGUCUAGUCUAGCUCUCAGGUACGAUCAUCAUCGUUUAAAAUCUUGUUCUGAAAGGUACUGACAUUCCUGAGUCUUUGUAUGUUUCUGACGACAUUUUUCUAUUAGCUAGACAACGUUGCUGCACUUUUAACUUUUCACAAAUUUCUCUGGACGAGCCAGUGGAGGUAAUCAUGGCAGCCUCUUGACUAAACUAGGGUAGCAUUACAAGAAUCCAUUGUGUUGUGAUUUGUUGAAACAAUGCUUAAAGUCCUAGACUCUGCUUCGUAGUUAUGGUAGUAGGCGUAGCGUAAUAGCAUCUGCUCAGUGUAGCAGUCUAGUGGCAAUACCAUAGAUGCAGUUGUAACAACUUGCUGCGAAAAGGAGAAACUCUCUUGGAAAAGGAAUUUACUUUUACUGGUUGAACAUAUUUACGCAUGUGUCUCAUGCAUGUGGCCAGAAGAAAAGGGCACAGUAAGAUGACAAAAGGGGUGUGAUAAAGUUAACGGAUGUUGGGGAAGAUUGCACAAAGGGUUGCUUAAAUCUGAGGGGUCCAUUUUUCUUCUUUUGUGAAGACAAAAGCGUGUAGUGCUAUAUUUAACUAUUUAUAUGUAACUGUUGUUUCUACUGUUGCCAGCUUUUGCAAACAUUCGCAACCUAGCAUGUGCUAUGUGCACUUUACCGCAGUGAAAACAUUUCUAAUGAAGAUCAAUGUGUUUGUUUACAGACAUGUUAAUAUCACACUAAAGGGACAAGUGCAUGUCGCAGUGGAAUGCAGAAAAUAAAUAAGCAUUAAAUUCUUAAGAUAUCAAAAAGGGCAAAGUUAAACAUCAGAAGGCUUGUGACAGUGAAACACAUGAGCCACUUAGAGAGAAAAUUGAUCUUAAUCUUGAUCUUGAUUUUAAGCUUAAAUAAUCUUGUUAGUUUUAUAAUCAAAUGGCAGCCGGUGUGGAAGUCACUGGAGGAUCUGGAUCUCGUCUCAGGCCAGAAACCCUCAUCCGGUCUCUUGUUAGCAGACAUAUCAGUGUAACUACAAUUUAGAGAUU